UUUUUUCUGAUGGUUGUUAAUGUAGUCCUGAAGCAGUGCAGUGUAGCCCACCGAGGGAUAGGUUACCCCCUCAUUCUGUCUCUCUUGGGAUCACUUAUUGAGCUUCUCCCAUCCCAUCAUCUUUCUAUAUCUCACACAUUCGUGUCAUUUGUCUUACGCUGUUACACAGAGACGAGACAGAGAUGGACUAGUCUAUUCAGAGAGCUGUCGUGGGUGGACUACAGCCUCUCUCUCUCUUUCUCUUUCACUCUGGUUUACUUCUGAUCUUAUCCUAUACCCCUCCUUUUUUGCAUUGUUUCUCUCGCAUACACUCCACCACCUGAGUUGGACGCUGUAACCCAGAGUGAGGAGGAGGCUGCUCUUGAGUCUGGACUAGUCAAUUCAGAAAGCUCUUGUGCCUGUCUCAUUCUCCUUCUGCGCUAUUGCAAAGAGUGCAGGUGGUCCUUCUCUGCCCUUGGGCAGGAAAGUCACCUGCUGUUGUAAGUUGGACAUCUCUGGUAUUUUUUAUCUCUUUGUGGAGAACGUGUAUCCGUUAUGGCGCACGCGGCAGCGCAUCUCAAAAAGGCCCGGAUGGAGAUGGACCAGCAGCCGGACACCAAGGCACUGGAGAAGGCGCGUGAGAGAAGGAGACGCUCUCGAGAACGGGCUGAGCGCAGACGCAAGUCGGACAGCAACACCAGUUUCUUACGGGCUGCAAGAGCUGGGAACAUCGACAAGGUUCUGGAGUACCUUAAGGGUGGCGUGGACAUUGGCACUUGCAAUCAGAAUGGACUUAAUGCUCUGCACCUGGCAGCUAAGGAGGGGCACAUGGAUCUUGUCCAAGAGCUGCUGGAUAGAGGUGCCGCAGUGGACGCUGCAACGAAGAAAGGAAACACAGCUCUCCACAUUGCCUCUCUAGCAGGACAGGGGGAUGUGGUGAAGAUCCUGGUCAAACGUGGAGCGGACAUCAAUUCACAAUCACAGAAUGGUUUCACCCCCUUAUAUAUGGCUGCUCAAGAGAACCAUUUAGAUGUGGUUCGCUACCUUCUGGAAAACGGAGGAAACCAGAGCACAGCAACAGAGGAUGGCUUCACUCCUUUAGCCAUCGCGCUACAGCAGGGUCAUAAUCAGAUUGUCUCCGUCCUCCUGGAAAAUGACACUAAGGGUAAGGUGCGUCUCCCUGCCCUGCACAUUGCCGCCCGUAAGGAUGACACGAAGUCAGCUGCCCUGCUGCUCCAGAAUGACCACAACGCUGAUGUCCAGUCCAAGAUGAUGGUCAAUAGGACUACUGAGAAUGGAAAGAGUGGAUUUACGCCACUGCAUAUCGCAGCUCACUAUGGGAAUGUCAAUGUGGCGACCUUACUCCUAAAUCGAGGAGCUGCUGUGGACUUUACUGCAAGGAAUGGAAUUACACCAUUACACGUGGCGUCUAAGAGGGGAAACGCAAACAUGGUCCGGCUGUUGUUGGACAGAGGGGCAAAGAUUGAUGCCAAAACAAGGGAUGGCCUUACACCUUUACACUGUGCAGCAAGGAGUGGACACGACCCAGCAGUGGAGCUCUUGUUGGAAAGAGGAGCUCCAAUUCUAGCCAGAACCAAGAAUGGCCUGUCUCCUCUCCACAUGGCAGCACAGGGUGACCAUGUCGAGUGUGUUAAACACCUGCUGCAGCACAAGGCACCGGUGGAUGAUGUCACACUGGACUACCUGACUGCACUCCAUGUUGCUGCUCACUGUGGCCAUUACAGAGUCACAAAGCUUCUGCUUGACAAAAGGGCCAAUCCCAACGCUCGGGCACUGAAUGGCUUCACACCUCUUCAUAUCGCCUGCAAAAAGAACAGAGUGAAGGUGAUGGAGCUUCUUGUCAAGUACGGAGCUUCCAUUCAGGCCAUCACUGAGUCUGGCCUCACCCCUAUACAUGUGGCAGCUUUCAUGGGCCACCUCAGCAUUGUUCUCUUACUGCUUCAGAAUGGAGCAUCUCCUGAUGUCAGCAACAUACGUGGUGAGACAGCCCUGCAUAUGGCUGCUCGAGCUGGUCAGGUGGAAGUGGUGCGCUGCCUGCUAAGAAAUGGUGCAAUGGUUGAUGCAAGAGCUAGAGAGGACCAGACUCCACUUCACAUUGCCUCUCGUUUGGGAAAAACAGAGAUUGUCCAGCUGCUACUGCAGCAUAUGGCUCAUCCAGAUGCCUCUACAACCAAUGGCUACACACCUCUGCACAUCUCUGCUCGUGAGGGGCAGCUGGACGUAGCGUCAGUACUCCUUGAGGCUGGAGCUUCUCAUUCCCUACCAACUAAGAAAGGAUUUACUCCUCUACAUGUUGCAUCUAAGUAUGGAAGCCUUGACGUGGCAAAGCUCUUGUUGCAGCGUCGAGCCCCUCCAGAUGCAGCAGGGAAAAAUGGCCUCACACCUCUCCAUGUCGCUGCACAUUAUGAUAACCAGAAGGUGGCACUACUGCUUUUGGAUAAAGGGGCUUCUCCCCAUGCCAUGGCCAAGAACGGAUAUACUCCCCUCCACAUAGUGGCAAAGAAAAACCAGAUGCAGAUUGCCAAUACUCUGCUGCAGUAUGGAGCUGAAACAAACAUUCUGACCAAGCAAGGGGUGACGCCACUUCACCUGGCCUCCCAGGAGGGCCACAGUGACAUGACGGCCCUGCUGCUGGAAAAAGGAGCCAAUGUCAAUGUGCCCACUAAGAGUGGACUUACGGCUCUUCAUCUUACUGCCCAGGAAGAUAAAGUCAGUGUUGCUGAAAUCUUAGUUAAACAUGGUGCCAAUCUUGACCUUCAAACUAAAUUGGGUUACACACCUCUAAUCGUCGCCUGCCACUAUGGAAAUGCCAAGAUGGUCAACUUCCUUUUGAAAAACAAUGCCAGUGUCAAUGCCAAAACAAAGAAUGGAUACACUCCUCUCCACCAAGCUGCACAACAGGGCAACACACACAUCAUCAACGUUCUGCUGCAGUAUGGAGCCAAACCCAAUGCUACCACUGCGAAUGGAAACACGGCCCUUGCCAUUGCUCGUCGUCUGGGUUACAUUUCAGUCGUAGACACAUUAAAAGUAGUUACAGAGGAGGUUAUUACCACAACAACAACUGUGACCGAGAAACACAAACUGAACGUGCCAGAGACCAUGACUGAGGUCCUUGAUGUAUCUGAUGAGGAAGGCAGCCACUAUGGCUUUGACAACAGAAGUCCACUUUCAGGCUUCAGUGAGGACACUAUGACAGGCGACGGAGGAGAAUAUCUGAGAGCGGAGGACCUAAAGGAGUUGGGAGAUGAUUCUUUGCCUGGUCAAUACUUGGAUGGCAUGAAUUACCUCAGGUUCAGUCUAGAAGGCAGCCGCUCUGAAAGUCGCUUCCACAGUAUGGACAGGUCCUACAUGUCUAAUCGUUAUGGCUAUUACUCACCAAAACAUGAAGGCAUGAUGGAUGAUACAAUCAACAGUUACCAGGUGUCAUCUCUUGCUAAUGAGAAAGACCCAUUUAGACUGAACUGGGAGACGGAAAACCUAGACAAUAUUGCACUCUCCUCCAGUGCUGCUCAAUCUGGCCAUUCUUCUCCGUGCCAUGAACAUGACAGCAGCAGCUUUCUUGUCAGUUUCAUGGUGGAUGCCCGAGGCGGUGCCAUGCGAGGGUGCCGCCAUAAUGGCCUGCGCAUCAUCAUCCCUCCCAGGAAGUGUGGCGCUCCAACCCGAGUAACAUGUCGCCUAGUGAAACGACAUCGUUUAGCAACCAUGCCCCCGAUGGUCGAAGGAGAUGGGCUAGCUAGCCGAAUUAUUGAGGUCGGACCAUCUGGUGCUCAAUUUCUCGGUAAGCUCCAUCUCCCUACUGCCCCGCCCCCUCUGAAUGAGGGCGAGAGUUUGGUUAGCCGCAUCCUUCAGCUGGGGCCACCAGGGACCAAAUUCCUGGGCCCAGUAAUUGUGGAGAUUCCACAUUUUGCUGCUCUGCGGGGGAAGGAGAGAGAACUGGUGAUCCUGCGCAGUGAGACAGGAGAAAGCUGGAAAGAGCAUCAGUGUGAAUAUACAGAAGAGGAACUCAAUCAAAUCCUUAAUGGCAUGGACGAAGACUUGGAUCCUCCAGAAGAGCUGGAGAGGAAGCGUAUUUGCCGCCUAAUCACCCGGGACUUCCCACAGUACUUCGCAGUGGUCUCAAGGAUCAAACAGGACAGUAAUUUGAUUGGUCCAGAAGGUGGGAUUUUGAGCAGCACAGUGGUACCACAAGUUCAGGCUGUCUUUCCAGAAGGUGCACUUACAAAACGCAUUCGAGUGGGAUUACAGGCUCAGCCUGUGAACGUAGAUAUGGUGAGAAAGAUCUUGGGAAACAAAGCUACAUUUAGUCCUAUAGUCACCCUGGAACCCCGUAGGCGAAAGUUUCAUAAACCCAUCACAAUGACCAUUCCUGUCCCCAAGACAUCCACUGACCCCAUACAUAACAGCUUUGGAGGAGAUACACCAACACUCCGCUUGCUAUGCAGCAUCACAGGUGGAACAACACCAGCUCAGUGGGAGGAUAUUACUGGAACCACACCUUUAACUUUCAUAAAUGACUGUGUGUCAUUUACUACAAAUGUUUCUGCAAGAUUCUGGCUAAUAGAUUGUCGACAGGCCCAUGAAUCAGUCAACUUCGCCACACAGGUGUAUCGGGAGAUCAUUUGUGUGCCGUACAUGGCCAAAUUUGUCAUCUUUGCCAAAACCCAUGAUCCGAUAGAAGCACGUCUGCGCUGUUUCUGCAUGACCGAUGACAAGAUAGAUAAAACUCUAGAACAGCAGGAGAACUUCACAGAGGUGGCUCGGAGUCGAGAUGUGGAGGUAUUAGAAGGAAAACCCAUUUAUGCGGACUGCUUUGGAAAUCUAGUCCCCCUUACCAAGAGUGGCCAACAUCAUAUUUUCAGCUUUUUUGCCUUUAAAGAAAACCGACUUUCUCUAUUUAUAAAGAUACGAGAUAAUACGCAGGAGCCUUGUGGUCGAUUGUCCUUCAUGAAAGAACCAAGGACAUAUAGGAGUUUGGCCCACAAUGCUAUAUGCAACCUAAAUAUUGCUCUACCAACGUAUGCUAAGGAAUCAGAUUCAGACCAAGAGCAUGAUGAGGAGACUAGCGGAACACUUGAAAGAUAUGAUGAAGAUACAGAGACAUCCAUCCUGAAAACUCACUUGAUUCAAGAUUCUCCUGCUCUUGCAAGCCCAGAUUUACUUUCUGAGGUGUCAGAGAUGAAACAAGAUCUGAUCAAAAUGACUGCCAUUCUGACCACUGAUGCCUCUGAGAAGUCAAACUCUAUGCAUGGGGAUAGUCUAGAGAAAGGGGUGGAGGAGGUGUCAGGGGAGCCUUUUGAAAUAAUGGAAAAGGUUAAAGAGGAUUUGGAGAAAGUUAAUGAAAUCCUAAGGAGUGGGACAUAUGAAGAUAAGGUUGUUGAAGAGUCAGCAAAAGCUGAAUGUCGUCCAUAUAGAAAGGACGAGGAGUGGGUUCUUCUUUCGGACUGUGAAAUUGAGGAGGCCAAAAUGAUGGCAGCUUUUGACACCCAGGAGGCACUUCUUAAGGAUAUUCGCGGUAGCCGUGGGUCACAGACACAAAAGGCUAUAGACCAUAAAGAGUACCUUCUAGAUGCACCUGUGAAAUCUGGAGCUGCAGUGCAGGAGAGCAUGGUACAGGAAAAGUUCACUGAAGUUGUUUUGCGCAAAGGUGGCAAAAAAAUUGUACCAACUGGGAUCAAAGAUACUAAAAUUCCUGUGGCUGAAGUGAAAAAGCCCAUACGAAGAAAAGGGCCUCAUGGACAGAGUGAUGAACAUAAUGUGUCCAGUUUAAAAUCAGCUUCUAAUGAGCGAGCAGAAAAAACACACAGAGAGGAUGGCCUAUUGCAUGCACCCUCAAACCAGAAGAAUUCACCUGUAUCUCCAGUAAUUGAAGAAACACCCAUUGGCUCAAUCAAAGACAAAGUGAAAGCACUUCAAAAGAAGGUGGAGGAGGAACAAAGAGGCCGCAAGCAGACUGGCAGCAAACCCCCUCCUGGGCCUUUGGAAAAAAAAUCAUCUCCUGCUAUUAAAAAUCAAAAAACACCAACCAUUAAUAAGACACAAGUUCCUAUUAAACCAACCAAAAAUGAGCCAGAGAGGCUAGAAGAAACAAUGUCAGUAAAAGAACUCAUGAGGGCUUUUCAGACAGGACAAGAUCCUUCAAAGGAAAAGUCUGGACUUUUUGAACAUAAAAAAAGUUCAGGACCAAAGCACGCAAAUGAAGGUCAAAUAAAGGAUACUCUGUCUACACAGCCCCAAUCUCAAGCAUCAGCACUUGGACAAGGAGUGUCACCUGAAACUACAAUAUGUGUUGACUCACAGAAUGUAAAAGAAUUUCAGACAAACACAGAAAUAGAAAGUUCUCAAGACUUAUGUUCCAAAGUAGAAGUUAAACCAAAAGACAGUGAUGCACUUGGUAACAGCUCUGAUAGUCAAAAAACUGAAGGGUUAGCUGUUUCCCCUUGUGCAAGCAUAGGUGAUGGUGAAGUCCACAUGAGCUCAGAGGACAGUGACAAACAUGAAGGCAUGGCAGAAACUUUGGAUACAAGUCCUGAAAGCCUUUCGUCACCAACCAAACAGCCAGGUCAAUGUAUAGAUGAAAUGCGCUCAAAAGUAGAAAAGGUUACAGCCAAAGAUGAGACAUGUACAUUGUCUUACUGCUCUUCCACUUGUACAAAGACUGCUGAUGAUCAGUCAACGCUUGGAUGCUUGUCUGUGAAAAAUGCAGUGGAUUAUCCUACAAAAAGUGAGUCCAUGUCUGCUUCUCAGGGCAAAACUGUUAAAUUUGUUGACGAAAAACUCUCUGUUGAUGAGGACAUUCAUUUGACAUCAUAUAAACCACCAAAAUCCCGAAAACUGACGAAAAGGGGUUCUGAAACUAUUGACAGUUUUUUGAGUGAUGAAGAACCAUCAGAUGGUCAACAACUAUCAACCUCAGCUGAUUACCUGGCUACACAUGGUUGUACUGGUUUAGUACUGCCUCUUAGACAUCAACAUUCAGAGACCACUAGUCCAGUAGCUGAUGAUUCUAUAACCAUUAGUCAUAAGGACUCAUUAGAAGGUAGCCCCCUUAUGGAAGACAACUCCUCCCAUAAAUCCCCAGACUCAAUUGAACCCAGUCCAACUAAAGACUCCCCAUGCUGUGACUCUCUAGAAAGCAGCCCUGUAGAACAGAAAAACAUCAUGGCUUUGCCUUCUACAGUAGAGCAACCCAGUGUGACUGCAGGGCACCUGACAUCCUCCAAAGCUUCUGAAUUACUCCCAGAAAAGUUGCAUAGAGUCCCCAGACACCAGGACGAUAGUGUCGACAAUGACAGUUGUGAGCAGACAUCUCAGCUGACGAGUUCGGGUAAGAGUCCAUUUUCCCCAGACACUCCAAGUUCUGAAGAGGUAAGUUAUGAGGUCAAUCCCGAAACCCCAGACCCUAUGGUCCUGUCCAUGUUGCUAAUUCCAUCUGUCAUACCUGAAGAUGCAGAGGGAGAUGUGUUGGACUGUGUCAUGACCCAGAAGAAAUUCACUCCUGAGGAAGAGAUGUUUAAAAUGGCUGCCAAAAUAAAAACAUUUGAUGAGAUGGAGCAAGAUGAAAAAGACAGAAAGGGCAAUAGCAAAAAUAUCUUCUCUCAGACCAUGAAUGAGUCUGAAAGAGAACAUGAAAGAUUCAUAUUGAUUGGGCCUGAAUCCAAAGUUGAAUCAGCCUCAGUGGAUGGCCUUGGGCCUACUGAGACAAAACAAGGGUCAGAGGUAGCACAAUCUAUUGAACCUACUAUUAAAGUACAACCUCCCUCUCCUUUUCCAGCAGGUGUGCAUGAGAUCCCUCAAACAUCUGAGGACAUGGCCCACACUGCAGCAUCAACCGAUGAUUCAGCAUUGGAGGGACCUCAGUCUGUCUCAGAAAAGCUUACAGCAAAACCCCAUCAGACCUCUCUACAAAAAGAAAUGCCGCUGCUUAGUAUGAAACAGUUAGAACAGACAAUAAGCAAUGAAGGCAUGGUUAAUAUACCACCUGAAAUAAACAAAGAAAAUGAGAAAAAGUCAGGGGAAAACAAAUAUGAUGACAAGGGUGAAAAGCAAAAAGAUCCAUCCAGCUACCAGGUAGUUUAUAACAAAUCACAUGAUCGCCAGAUGGAAGGUAAUAUAAAAGAUAACGUUAGAUCUGUAGGGACAUCUGAUUUUGGUUUAAACAGAGAAAGUUUAAGGACCGAACCUGAUUCUUUGACUAGUAUUAGUGGGCAAGCUGGGGAAACAGUUAAACCAGAAAUAUGUAUUUAUGAUGACACUGAAGAAGCUGAUUUAGAGGAAGAACUCCCAAAAACAAAAUCUAGAGGGGUAACUGCAAAAAGUCUGACUGACAACUGGAAUGCUUUGCGGGAGGAUGAUGAUGCCUUUGCAGCAAGAGUCAAAGAAGAGGAGCAAAAGAUUUUAGGUCUGGCAGUAGAUCGACAGUCUCAAGGUGCAACUCCAGACACUACACCAGGAAGGACACCCACAGAAGAAGGCACUCCAAUGAGUGAACAAAACCCUUUUCUUUUUCAAGAGGGUAAACUAUUUGAAAUGACUAGAAGUGGUGCAAUAGACAUGACCAAAAGAGGAUAUGAGGAGGAAGGCUUUGCUUAUUUUCAGAUAGGAGAGCAACCAAUUGAAGAAGCACUUAUAGAGGAUAUUAUAGAAGAACCUGCUGCAGACUUUAAUAGAGAGGAAAGAGAGGUUGACAUAAACCUUACUGUGCAAAUUAAACCAGAAGACACAGAGGAAGUGUUAAAAAAGGAUACAGAUAUAUCCCUUCAAUCCAAAUGUGAUGAUGAUCAAUCGGGUAUAGCUUCUGAGUCAGAUGCGUUCGAGUCUACAAUCCCCAAUAAAUUGGCUGUUUCUGCUUCACACAAAACAUGUAAAAAUCACACUGAAAAAGAAGCUGUAGAAAUAAAAACAGACAAGCUAGUUGAAGAUGGUUCUUCCGGGACUGAUCUUGGUUCUUCAGACACUAUCAUAACUGAUGUCCAGACAGCAUUGACAACAGUAACCAGAUCAGUAUAUUCCCAGCAGGACCAGGAGUCCUCAGAUUCCUCCCCAGAGGAUGAGCACUCAGUGAUAGAACUUCCCAAAGCCCCUGAAAAGACAUGCAAAACAUCCAAAAUAAUAUCAAAGUCAAAAACAAAGCCUGACUCUAAAGGUAGUGCUACAUCUACUCAGAAAAAGUCUUCUAUCUCUAAGGAGGUGGAGAAGCCCAAAUCAAGAAUCCCUAUAAAAGCUAUUUCCCACAAAUCAGAGACAGAACAUGAUUUAUCUGUGAAACCUUCUAAGGAGAAAAAGUCUAAAUUGCCUAUAAAACCUGAAACCAGGAGAAAAUCUGAGACAGACACAGGUCCCUCUGUAAGCUCCAGAGUGACAAGGUCUAUCAAAGCCAAGAGCUUCUGUGAAAGUGAUUCUACAAAGAAACCAUCAAAAAAGGACCAGGGUCGUCCAGCAGGUACUGAGUUGCCCAACAAAUAUAAGACAUUACCAUCGAAGUUACCUGUCAGGGGAAAGACCGGUAAACCAACUCAUACCACUACAACUAACAAAAAAGAUCAGCCUUCUGAGAGACGCAAGAAGUCUAUUGAUUUUUUUGAACAGAUUAGUGACGAGGCAGCUAAGCUAGUGGAAAGGUUAGCACAAGCAGAGAAAGAGGAGGCAGCUGCCAUGUCGGACGAUGAAAGCAGCACCAUAGAUGUCUCAGUAAUAGAAAGUGAGCCUUUCCCUGACAUGCAGAUGCCUCUUCCUGAGGACCCAUUGGUCAUUAGGCCUCGAUGGGACGAUCCUGUUGAGACGCAGAUGGAAAGAAUCCCUGCUGAUAAAGCACAAGCCCAAAGUCAAGUGGAUUCACAGGAUGAGCUUGACAGGAAGGAAGGACGAUUAGCUGUAAUGGCUGAUCAUCUUGGUUUCAGCUGGACAGAGCUGGCUCAUGAACUUGAAUUUGAUGAAGAGCAGGUCAAUCAGAUACGAGUAAAGAAUCCAAACUCAUUACAAGACCAAAGCCAGGCACUCAUAAGACAGUGGAGAAACAGAGAGGGGAUAAAUGCUACAGAAAGUAUUUUGAUCUUAAAACUUACAAAGAUUAACCGAAUGGACAUUGUACAUCUCAUCGAAUCAAAGAUCAUACAGUCCACUCAGGACCACUCAUCACAUACCUAUGCAGAAAUGGAGCAGUCUAUAUCACUAGACCACAGUGAAGGUUUCUCCGCUCUUCACGAGGACAUCGGAAGUCCUAGACCAAUCCGUCAAACCGAGCUUGCUUCAAGAAGGCCAAAGUCUGGGAGUAAACCUCCGUUAGUAUCUGUUGAAGAUCUCUCUUCUAGUGCAUCUUCACUAAGUGAUACGCAGAAAGAGAAGUUGCAGCUGCACAAAGAUAAAGCUGAAGAGGUGGCUGCAGGCUCAACACUAUCUGGUGUUGAGAUGAUUGGACUAAGACAGCAGUUCCCUGGCACUGUCAAAAAAGAAAUAGCUGAAGAGCUAGGUUUGCUGUCUGAUAGCUCAGAGGAAGAGGUGUUGACCACCCGAGUGGUACGACGCAGAGUUAUAAUCCAGGGAGAUGAUUUGCCUGAAAUUUCUCCACCCAGUGUGACAGAAGAGCAAUACACAGAUGAGCAUGGAAACAUAGUCAUCAAAAAGGUCACAAGGAAAAUUAUCCGGAAGUACGUAUCUGCAGAUGGAGUGGAGCGAGAGGAAGUGAUGGUGGAGGGAGCUCCGCAAGAAGCUAUCACUGUAGAUGAUGCUGAUGGUUUUUCCAAAGUGGUGAAAAGGACAGUGGUGAAGAGUGCGGGAGACCAGACCGAGGUGAUGUUUUCUGAAUCGUUGCCUGUUGGUGAGAUGACAACCUCUGAGUUUGAAGGCGAUACUGCUGAAGGUCGCAAAGUAAGCAAGGUCAUCAAAACCAAGGUGGUGAAGGGGGAGAGGAUGGAAAAGCAAAUUGGUGAUCCUUCGUUGUCAGCAGACCUCCCUUCGGCAAAAGAUGACUUUGAAAAGGCUCUGAGUUAUGCAGGGGGCUUUGACAAAGUGCUCUUACCUCAUUUAGUGGAGAGAGAGAUCGUGAAGGAGGAUGGAUCUAUGAUCAGAAGGACCCGCAUGCAUAAGACACGCACUCAGAAGAAGACUGUGGUGAGGGACAGCCAGAGCAAACACAUCCACCUGGAGCGACUUGAGGACACUCCGGAGUCCCUACAACCUGACGACCUGCAGCAGCACCUACACCAACUGCUCCAUCGCUACUGCACACCAGAAGUGGAGGAGGAGGUGGAAGAGGCAGGGGAGGUGGUGGAAAGAAAAGAAAAGCAGGACACAAACGACUGAUUUUCUAUCACCCUUUCAUUAAUUUGCGCUGUGGCAAGCCUCCCAAAAACCUUAGCAGAAUAGAUCAGAUUGUGACCCAUAUCCUCUUUCGUCACAUUUGUUUCACACUAUCAAUAAGGCAGCAACAUCCGUGUUUCAGAUCCAUAUAUUUUGUGUUUAUAUUUAUAUCUUUUUUUGUUCUCCUUUGCAAAAAGGUUUGUGCUUCAAUUUUUGGGGGAUUUUUGUUGAUUUCGUUUUCCUCUUGUUUUUACUUUGUGACCAAAGAUAGUUUUACUUUAUUUGACACAACAUUUUGGCUAGAAAAUAAUCCUUAAUAGAGAAAAACAUAGCUAAACAUCUUGGACGUUACCAUCUUUACAAAAAGCCCUUUCUUUUAGAGCUGAUGUAAUGAUGUGUGUAAAUAUCAGAGCUGAAAAUUUCCCAACAUGCACUGUAAUGUCCAUAAACUGGACCGUUACAGUUCCUUCGCUCCACUUCUGUCCACAGGCUUUAGAUAACAGACUUUUUAAUGUCUGUUACAGGGGGCAUUGUUUACUACACACCACAAAUGCAGGCUUACAUUAGGACAGUAUUGAGAUUGUGUUUAAGGAGAAAAAAAAGAAAGGGGGGGGGGGAGAGAAAACGAAUGUGUAGUUUAUCACGAUACCCAGAAUGAGCUUGAGUAAUUUGUAUGCAGUCUAAAUGUAAAAUUCACAUAAAAAUUGCUAGUUGCUAGCUUUUAAUGUGCUUUUUGGGAGUCGUGUUGAAUGAAUGCUUAGCACAUUGUUCCUUACUCACGCUCGUUUUUUUUUUUUCUGUUGGUCCCACACAUAUUGUUAUAAAAAGGCGACAACAGCUUUGCACAGUGAAUCCAGUCUGCCCUAUUUACUCUGUGUGUGUGUGUGCGCGUGGAUGUUUCUUCUCCAUGUUAACCUCCAGUCACUACACUGCUACUCCUCGCUUGCACGUAAGAAAGUAGCACUCAUUAAAGGUAAUUUUAUCAGAUGAUCUUGUUGCUCCCUUCAGUUUUUCCAACACUUUUCACUAAUACAGUAAUCCCCCGCUUUACCGCGGUUCGAAUCUCACGCCCCCGGUUAAUCGCGGAAUUGAAUUUGCCACAUAACUAAUCUGUUAGGCUGAGUUUUUCCGAUCUCUCGCGGAUAGUACGAUAGACCACAAAACCUAUAGGGAAUUGUUUUUUUAUGGAGUGUUAUGUUGAAAUAAUGAAAUAAAAAUAUGAUUAUGAAUUAUGAGAUGAAGUUGAAUGUUAAUACAGUACAGAACUGUAUACGUAAAAUAGUAUUUUUGGGUUUGCGUUUUGGGCGGAUUUGAAACGGAACCACCGCGAAAAUCGGGGAUUACUGUAUUUAAAGGACAGCUGUUAGUAAUGACUCAUGACCACGAUUCAUAAUCGUAACUCUCCUAAAAAAUCUAACAUCUUCGCAGACUUGAUGUCAUUUCCUUUCACACUAGUGGCACAAGAGCAAAAUGAAUAGAGAAUUUCACAGGGCUGUUACAUGACGAUGUGUUGCAAAUCUAAAACAUGUAUUUCAUUGUGGCUCACAACAGUAAUCAAGUAAAAAAACAAAUGACGUGAAUAAGAUGAAAUAUACUACUGUUAUGUAAAAUAUCCUGGAGUUUACAGGAUCCAAUUAGAAAUAUUAAAAAUGAACUGCAUGGUUCCCAUUAUUAAAAACAUUCUUUAUUUUUAUUGAUUUAUUUACAUUUUUAUUGAAAGGCUUCUACAUGACUUACGUUUAAAUGCUGCAAAUUUUCCAAUCAAAAACAAAACCAGAAAACGACAAAGCAGAAGAGUUGAAGUUGUAGUGCAGAUACACUGACCUGCUUUUAGACCCUAAAUAACACCACCUACUUUCUCAUUUAUGGUUUUGUAUUUCUCUUGCCUUAUAUAUAUAUAUAUCAGGAUCACGGCUACUGUACUCUCUGCGAAGCUUUUAUCACUGAUGCGUAGACGGACUGUGAAAUUUGUAAAAUCUCUCUUCCCGGUUGUGCCGAGUCCUUUAAUAUACCUGUUUAUGGCUAUAAACAACAGUUUUAGUGAAUGCAGUAGUAGCAGUUUAAUUAUCAUAUCAUGUUUUGUGAAUCUGUGAUUUGAUGGUAUAUUUACAGUGGCACUGGAGAACACGUGUUGGCACAAAAGGCCGUAAAAGUUACACCCUAUCUCAAGGCAUGAGCAUUCAAAUAAACCUUCACAGUUUGGUUCAUCGCCCAUAAAGAAUGUGUACAAGUGUGUAUUUAGUGGUCUUUACGAGUAGCAAGUUAUCCUUUUAUAUAUAUAUAUAUAUAUAUAUAUAUAUAUAUAUAUAUAUAUAUAUAUAUAUAUAUAUAAAUAAAAAGUUGACAUUUAAGCAUGUGUACUUUAAAGCCAUUCUUGAAAUUUGAUUUUAAGCUUCAGAUGAAAAAAAGCUUGGGGUCACAGUCAGAGUCGGAGCGUGUGAUUAAUAAUUUCGGCAGCGCAGGACAUUUACUGUUUGAAAUCGUUUCAUGAAUAAGCAUCUUGUUUCUAGGCUGAUGAACAUCUAUAAAAAGCAUGUGUUCAUGACUAACAAACAACAUCAACAAAAAGAGAGAAACAAACAAAAACAGCAGCUGCAGUGUGUAAAUGAUGGAUAAUAAAUGAUAUCAUGUAGAUCA